AUGACAUCCGUAAAGGCCAGAUUAGAAGCAGUAGAGGCUGGAAUUCUUGUUCCAUUUCCUCAACCUGAAUUUUCACCCAUGUUGAUAGCCUGUUCUGUUUCAUACCCCCAAUUCGCCACAGAAUCCCCACUGCAGCAUUCCCAACCCGAAACAUCAACCCUCGCCGACACACAGCCAACACCACUAACGCCAACUCACCUUCCGCAAACUCUACCGAGCAUCUCACCAAUAAGUGUAUACAGCCUACCAGACGAAACCGCAGUUAAGCUCAAGGAAAGCAGAAUGAAGUCAACAACACGAAAGAAGUAUACACAGAAAUGCUUAGGGGAGAUUUUUACUCAAGAUGAAAUUGUUGCCUCGAACUUGAGUGGCACCAAGGAUAAACAGAAGUAA